AUGGUUUUAACAGCUGCAAUAAUGGUGAAAGAAGUUACAAGCCUUACCAUUUGUAAAAUAGACAUAAACGACAUGCAGAAAUGUCGUCAAGCCGUCACUGGAAUCAACCCGCCGCCUCCGAUCGACGAGUGCUGCGUAGUGGUCCGAUCCGCUAAUCUGGAAUGCUUCUGCAGAUUCAAGUUUUAUCUACCAAUUUUAGGAAUUGAUCCAUCUAAAGUUGCGGCUCUUGUAGCCAAAUGUGGCGUUACAACAAUCCCUCCUAGUUGCCGAGGUAUAAGGAAAAUAAUAUACUAA